UCCGCGUCGAUUCUCCAAACAGGCGCAGGGAUGUAAGCGUGUGUCUCACCCCAUUGAUUGCCAGAGUCAACAGGCCGCCGGUGACAGCCCAGGGACAGGGCCGCCUUGAGUCCUUCAAAACUACCGUUUGAAAAGGUCGCUGGGGAAUUAAAAACCCAUCUAGGGCUGAGCCCCCCGCCCCCAUCAGCUCCCAUGGGUGCUCUGCCUCACAGGGAGAUGAGACAAAAGGGUGCCCCGCCCUGCAGCUCCUCGCCAGCUGCCCUGUGUGGUGCUGGGACAACGCAGGGGCUCUGGCGUGGUGGGGGGGGUCACGCCCAGCACGGACUGAAAUCAGCCUGGGGCCGGUGGGUUUGUCCCUAUGGGCGAGGUCCUGCAGCUGGGACCCAUCCCGCACGUCACCCUAGUGCCAGCUAGCCCAGUGCCAUAGCCCUCCCCGCCCCCCGCGGAGCUGGCGGGACCCACUUCUGGUGCCCCCAGACAACGCGCCUGCGGGGGGUGGGGGGGGCUGCAGUAACGAACCCACUUUGUGGUUCACAGGCAGCAAAGCGGCCAGGGACGGGCGUGAGACUGUCAGGCAUGGGGGCGCUGGGUAUGAAAACAAGGGGAUGCCCGAACGUCCCCCCCCAUUGCAUAACCCCCCUGUGUGUGAGCCCAGGGCACUAAGCCCAGCCCCUUCCGCUCGGCCUGCACACGCCAGCAGCCUGCCACAGGGGCCCACAGCCCUGUGCGCCCGUCCCCACGCCAUCCUGGGGCCCAAGCCAGACUGAUGUGAGCUGGGCGGGGAGGGGCACAAGGGUUCUGGUGCAAUGCCUGGUCCCCGCCCAUGACCCGCUGCUCCCUGCAGUGCCCGGUGGGUGGGGGGCGUCGCCUCGCCCGCUCUGGAACGCGCCAGGCACGUGCGCCGCGGUGCCUUUUCUCCGGGUGGGGGCUGGAGAUUGGUGCCCGCAGACACGCUGCCUGGAGCCAGUGGCGCUCUGGGGUUGGCCACGAGGCAGCGCAUGUUGGUGGGGGGUGCUCCCCACUUUAGCCUUUGCCCAGGACACCUGGGUCUGUGCCGCUGAGUGGACACGUCACUGCACCCAGCCGAGCCAGGCCUGAUGGCUCAGCUGAACCAGCCAGACAGGGAACUCGCUGAUGGGCGUCCUGCCGCCCGGCCUAAGGGCCGCGCCCUGCGCCCAGCAGACGUGGCCUGGCUCAGCUGGGCAGGACCAGGGCCCUGGGGUGGGUCCCUGUUCGGGCGGGGGGAACCCUGCACUUCUGACUGCCCCAAUCCCCUGGCCCACCCCUGGGGUGCCGGGUGGCUCAGGGAGGGGCAGUUCACCUACCCAGGUGCCCCCUUUGCCGGGGAAACUGAGGCGCACUGGCUGGGGUGCUGUCGUUGCCUUUAGCUGGAAAGGCGUCAGAGUGGCUCAUACCUGGGAUUAGCCAUCAGGCCACCUAGGGGCUCGUCUGGCUCGGCCCCCACCGGCUGGGUGGCCUUUGCCCGCUCGCGCUGCCUCGUUUCUCAGCCAUGGCUUGGCUGCUUUGCGGGCCAGCGCUUUGGGGUGGGGGGAAGCAUCCAGCACAAUUUCCCCCCCCACCCCGCAUACACAUCUCACUGGGGGAGGGGGGGCACUUGGGCCCCACGCUAAUAGACACCCCCGCUCAAGAGAGCCUGGCCGCAGCCUGCCAGGCCUUUCGGGCUGGACCAGCCGAGCUGAAUGACGCGCCCCACCAUGGAGCAGGGCACAUGGCCCGUGACGCACACAGUACAGCCAGAGGAGGCGGGGGUUGGGGAGCUGGAAGGCGGGGCUUCUACCCAGGGGGGUGGAGCCUAGCCCCCUGCGCCACCUUUAAAAAGCAGGGACUUGUCACCUGGCACGACAGAGGUGAAAAUCUACCCCGAGGUGACACCUGAUUCCUGCGUCUGCUCGUGGCCGCCGGACUCCAACAGCCAUGAAAGGAGAGCUGUGCCUGCUGCUCGUUGUCCUUGCGACCCCCUGCCUCUCCCGGCCCGACACCCACCAGCUGGGCAGCGCGCUGGGCCCUGACGAGCGCAGGAGCAGCGGGACUGACCCUGGCCCUGUCCGGAGAGACUUGCUCGAGGCCCUGUCUCAGGACCAGAAGCUCCUCAUGGCCAAGUUCCUGCCCCACAUCUACGCAGAGCUGGCAAACCGGGAGGGGAACUGGCACGAGGAUGCUGCCCUGCGCCCCCUGCACGACCACGAUUAUCCCGGAUGGAUGGACUUCGGGCGCCGGAGCCUGUCCGAGUCCGAUGAGACCUCCUAGAGGAGCAGCGUCCCGCGUGGCUUGGCUCCGCCCUGCCCGCAGGGGCGGGGCAGCUGCAGGCUCCACCCUCUGGCACAUAUUUUUAAGUAUGUCACACGUGACCUUGUC